GGACGAUGCUGGCCGAGUCCCAGGAUAAAGCCCCAGCACCACGUCGUCGUCGGUCCAUGAAACCCGGAGCAGCAUGUCCUUCCCUCCCCCCGGAGACGAGCUGCACUGGGUGUCGCUGCUCAUCCUCGUGGUCAUCCUGCCCACCAUCGGAGGGAACAUCCUGGUCAUCCUGGCCGUGUCGCUGGAGCGCCGGCUGCAGAACGCCACCAACUACUUCCUCAUGUCACUGGCCGUGGCCGACCUGCUGGUGGGGCUGCUGGUGAUGCCCAUCGCCCUGGUCACCGUCCUCUACAAUUCGGGAUGGCCCCUCCCCGAGUUCCUGUGCCCCAUCUGGCUCUUCCUGGACGUUCUGUUCUCCACGGCGUCCAUCAUGCACCUGUGCGCCAUCUCUCUGGACCGCUACGUCGCCAUCAAGAAGCCCAUCCAGCACAGCCAGUACAACUCCCGCGCCAAGGCCCUCGCCAAGAUCACCCUCGUCUGGCUGAUCUCCAUCGGUAUCGCCAUCCCGAUCCCCAUCAGAGGACUGAGGGCCGCGGACCAUCCCAACAACGUGACCUUCAACGGCAACCACACCUGCCUGCUGACGCUGGAGAGCUUCGGCGACUUCAAGCUGUUCGGCUCUCUGGCGGCGUUCUUCGUCCCGCUCAUGAUCAUGAUGAUCAUCUACCUGCUGACCAUCCGCGUCCUGCGCAAGAAGGUGUACCUGCUCCGCUCCAGGACGUCGCAGCGCUACAACAGACCCUCGGUGUGCACCGUAUUCCAGAGGGAGCCGGCCGCUCCGUCGCCGCCGGACGGCACCCAGACCAACCCGGUGACGGGGGACGAGAUCCCGGUGCGCAGGAUGUCGGCGGUGGGGAAGCGCUCCAUGCAGAACCUGAGCAACGAGCAGCGCGCCUCCAAGGUCCUGGGGAUCGUCUUCCUGCUCUUCGUGGUCAUGUGGUGCCCGUUCUUCAUCACCAACGUCACCUCGGUGCUGUGCGCCGCCUGCGACGCCGCGCUGGUCGGGAGGCUCAUGGACAUCUUCGUCUGGGUGGGGUACGUGUCCUCGGGCGUCAACCCUCUGGUCUACACGCUCUUCAACAAGACGUUCCGCGAGGCCUUCACGCGCUACAUCACGUGCGACUUCGGCGCCAGGAGGUCGCCCGGGACGCAGUGCCGGAACCUGACCCGGAUCUCCUUUCAGUCCAGCGUGGCGGAAAACUCCAAACUGUUCAUGAAGCACGGGGUGAUGAACGGGAUCGGCGCCGUGGGGUACCAGAGCCCCCUGCGGAGGCGACCCGCCGACGCUCAGCCGUCCGGCGGCGUCCUGCUGGAGACGCUGCUCCUGACCGAGAACGAGGACUGCGGACCCGACCAGGGCUUCACCCGCCUUUAACCGGUGAGCGGUGACCGGUACUCGGACCUCAGAUGCUGUUCGAUACUGGAAUAACAUUUAGUGCAGACCCGAGGGUCGUGUGGAUGUUCUACAGGCUCACGGUUCUCCUGCUGCGCUCCGAAUCACCGUUAGCCUUAUCCCAAAUCAAUCACGCUAAAAUAAUCCAUCUGGGAUUAAUAAAUGACCAACAAAAAUGGAUUAUCAUGGUUUUAUUUUGUGGUUUUUGAUGUUUAGCAGGUGUACAAGCCAAAAAAUCUAAUGAAAGUGUCGAUGAACUUAACCUUUGUGGAGAAAACGUGUCCCAUCUGAAUAAAAUCGGAAUUAUUUAUUUUCCGUUCUGGCCAUAUCUUCUCUCCCGUGUACAUUUUGUUAAAGACGCACCUUUAUAGUUCGGACGGGACCUCACGGGAGGACCCGACGGGGUGAAUUCUGCAUCACUUCAUCCUCAUAAGGAACAAAAGUUGCUCCACUGUACCAUAAAACAAGUUUUUAAUCAAACGCACUGCUCUGGUCGGGCCACAGCGGGUCUCGGCCCUGCUUACGGCCGGCCGGGAGCCGUACCGGCGACGGUCGGCUCGUCGUGACUGCUGCGAUACGUCCGAAUACUUUUGUUCCCGUGGUGUAUCAGAACUCGGAGGAUCUACAGAGGAACGUUUCUGCUUCAGUCUUCUUCACCUUCUGGACUCGUGACAGGAUGGACAUC